UUCCACAAAGAUCAUCAAAAUCCACGUUUUAACCAUGCAGGUACCGAGCAGAGCAGUGGGAGCUUAUGGAUACUCUGUGCGUAAUUACGCACCAGCAGCUCUUUGCCCACUAAACAAUGGGGGACAGUACAUUCCGUCAACAAAACCACCUAGCGGGAAAUCUUUCACUAUCGAGGCUUUGCUCGCAAAGCCAGAGGAAGUGACAAGCGGACGGGUGAGUCCGACUCAGUGCGGAGUGAAAUACCAACCAGAAGCGCCGGUUUUGCCUCUGCCGGUGGCACCAGCACCGUACCUCUACUCGACAAACAUGCUGCACUCCACCAUUCACGCACAGCCUGGAUAUUCUGUUUACUGCUGCCCUCCUUUCACCUAUCCGUCAUCAUGUCGUGGAGCAUUUUACGCGCAAGCUACAAUGUCCAAAGUCAACGCGUUCAAAACUAAAGGUGGGAAGUCCAAACGGAUGCGCACUAGCUUCACCACCGAACAGUUGUCCCGGCUGGAAAAAGAGUUCGCGCGGCAGCAGUACAUGGUCGGAUCAGAGAGGUUCCUCCUGGCCUCAGCUCUGCAGCUCACAGAAGCACAGGUUAAGGUCUGGUUCCAAAACCGACGCAUCAAGUGGCGCAAACAGAGUCUGGAACAGCAGCAGGCCAAACUGGCCAAACUGGGUCUGGCAGCUCCACCGAAAAGCCCCGGAUCUCAAGGCCACGGAGAUGAAGGCGAUGAGGAGGAAGAAUUCUCCGACUCAGAUGUGGACAUCAACGUGUCAGAUGACUCCACAGACCACUGUUAAACCGGACUCUAAGAGAAAAAAACAGACUUU